AUUGGCUGAAAAUUUUCAGGAAAAUCAAAUUCCUUUCUUAAGGGAAUUUAUUUGAUUUCUGUGCGUCGGAUAAAUCGUAAGAUAUAAGUCAAAAGUGAAUUAAAUGCAUUUCAAGAUGGCUUUAUUUAGCCGUAAAGUGUACCUAUUAGGUGCCUUUCUGGUGUUACUUAAUGCAUUGAGUGUGGUGCAUGCUGAUGAGCCUAAGGAUAAGGAUGGAGACGACGAAGCAACUGUAGAGACUGUAGAAGAAGAAAACCUGUACCAAAGCCCUAAAAUAAGCCCAGAAAAGGUAUAUUUAGCUGAACACUUUGAUGAUGCAGCUGCAUUCAAGAAGAAGUGGGUGAAGUCUGAAGCAAAGAAACAGGGUGUUGAUGAGAAUAUUGCCAAGUAUGAUGGCAAAUGGGAGAUCCAACAACCAAGCAGAAAGAUCUUCAAAGAUGAUUUGGGUCUAGUACUGACAACAGAAGCAAAGCAUGCAGCCAUAUCAACUCUAUUGGAGCGGCCAUUCGAAUUCAAAGACAAACCCUUCAUUGUCCAGUAUGAAGUUACUAUGCAGGAGGGUCAAAACUGCGGUGGUGCAUACAUCAAGCUCUUAUCGCGUGGAACGAACACCAAAGCAGAUCUCCGCAAGUUCUACGACCAGACACCUUACACAAUCAUGUUUGGACCAGACAAGUGCGGCAACGACAACAAACUGCACUUCAUCUUCAGACAUAAGAACCCCAAAACCGGUGUUUUUGAAGAGAAGCACAGCAAGAAGCCAACUCAACGUCUGGACGAAAUUUACAAGGACAAGGAACCUCAUCUGUACACGCUGAUCGUCCGUCCAGAUAAUUCGUUCAGCAUUCUCAUUGACAACAAGGAGGUGAACUCUGGAUCUCUACUUGAAGACUUUACGCCACCCGUCAACCCGCCAGAAGAGAUUAACGACCCUGAUGAUAGGAAACCGGAGGAUUGGGAUGAGAGGGAAAAGAUUGUUGACCCCACUGCAAAGAAGCCAGAGGAUUGGGACGAAGAUGCGCCGGCGCAGAUCACUGACCCCAACGCUGUCAAACCUGACGGCUGGCUUGACAACGAGCCUGAGAUGAUUCCUGACCCUGAUGCUAAGAAACCUGAGGAUUGGGAUGAAGAGAUGGAUGGUGAAUGGGAGGCUCCUCUCAUUGACAACCCAGUGUGCGCCUCUGCUCCAGGAUGCGGCAAAUGGAAACCUCCAACCAUCCCCAACCCCAACUACAAGGGCAUCUGGCGCGCGCCUCUGAUCACAAACCCCAACUACAAAGGCAAGUGGACUCCGCGUCGCAUUCCCAACCCGGAUUACUUUAGGGACGAAACGCCAUUCCGUAUGACGCCUAUUCAUGCCGUCGGCUUCGAGUUGUGGUCGAUGUCUCCAAUGCUUCUGUUCGACAAUCUGAUCAUCACGGACGACCUUGCCGUUGCCGAAGAAUGGGCUCAGACUACCUUCGCUCUUAAACGUGCCAAGAUCUCCAGAGAUUCGGACUCUGUAUUCGACCGCGCGAUGAGAUUCGCUGGUGACAACCCCUGGGUGUAUGCCUUGCUCAUUGUAGUCACCUUCUUGGUCGUCGGAUUAAUCGCCUACGCCUGCUUCGGAUCCAAGUCGGAUUCUGAUGCUGACAUGAAAAAGACGGACGCCGUGGCAGAGGAUGAUCCUCACUUGUCGGAAGCUGAGGAGGAACUUAGGGAGGAAGCUGAAAGGCCUAGUAAAGCCGACCUUGAGGGCCCAGAAGUUGAUAAUGAUGCUGAAGUUGUUACUUCUACUGAAGACACUACUCCAUUAGUUGACACAGAGGGCGCUGGUGACGGCCAAAGGAAACGUAAGCCCCGUCGGGAGUAAAUGUGUCGUGGCAGAUGUAUAGUUUUACGUGUGUGAGUGAGCUGUCAUAGUGUUUGUAGCGAGCGGUUGUUGUCUACUAGUUCGUAGACGUCACAGGCUAGUGACUACACUUCCAAUGUUGAGCCUGAGACUGUAGCAAAAAAAAACUUCAACUUCAGUACCAUAAAUCUUUACUAAAACAAACAACCAAAGAGUUGUGAAGACCAAAGCUAGAUUGUAAAAUUAACAAGCACAUCAAAAAUAAAGCAUUAUACUAUAACAAU